AUGGUCGACCGACCCAAGAAACCGUCUUGUUUAACAACUACUACUAGUCCGAUUACUCAAGAAUUAGUUAGUGUCUCACACUCAAAUUCAAGAGUGAGUGCAACUCUAGCAACCGGCGAGAGCAUUGAUAUCCUUUUAUUUGGAGCCACAAUUAUCAGCUGGAGAGAUAAAAAUGGCCAAGAGCUAUUAUGGCUCAGCGAAUCUGCCAAUUUAAAUGGCCAAAAGGCAGUACGGGGGGGCUUACCGCUGGUUUUCCCGAUAUUUGGCAAAGAUUCUACUCAUGCUUCCACGUCACAGUUACCACAACAUGGCUUCGCCCGGAUAUCUUAUUGGGAUUUUUUGGGCAAGUCAAGUUCUGAAUCUGACGGUGACGACAGUGUUAAGUUAGACUUUGGCCUUAGUCCAGCCAAUCUGACCGAAGAAAAUAAAAAAAAUUGGCCAUAUACAUUUGGAUUAAUCUACAGCGUGACUCUCUCCAAAAAUGGAUUAACAACCAGCCUUGUAGUCAGGAACGGAGGAGAAAAAUCAUGGGAUUUUCAAGCCUUGCUGCAUACAUAUUUUCGAGUUAAGGACAUAUCAACAGUUGAAAUAACAGGCCUAGAGUCAUCUCCAUACCUCGACAAGACUUCGACCCCAAAUAGCUCUGGGACUAGUUCAUCAGAACCUCAAAAAAUAACUUCCAAGAUUGAUCAAAUAUUUACGCCAGCUAGUAGUUCCGAUACACCAAUUUUAAUUCAUCAUGACGGGAACAAAAAAUUCCAAAUUAUCAGAGAUAAUUUCAAUGAAGUUGUCGUCUGGAACCCAUGGAAGGAAGAUGCUGCUUCUUUGUCGGACUUUGAGCCGUGCGAAGGAUAUAAGAAUAUGGUUUGUGUCGAAGUUGGCGUUAUAAAUGGCUGGAUUGAGCUCGGACCAGGUGAAACUUGGGAGGGUAGUCAAAUUAUCUCUGUACAAUGA